CAAACCGCCAGUUUUGUUUGGGCGGUGUUUUGAUUUGGUUGUAUGUUUAUCCAACCUAGUUUCCAGUCUGCAAUAGUCAGUGGUACGAGGGUUAUGUGCCAUUGAUAACAACUGUGACUGUUACUUCAAGAUUGUAUACGACUUACAAACCACCAGUUUUGUGUGUGAUGAUUUAGUAUCUAACAUGCUUGUCAACACGUAAAGUUUGUUUUUUGUAAUCGUACAGAGUAAUUUAAAUGGAUCCUCCACAAUAUCUAGACAGCCAAGCAUUGUUGAAAGGAGAGUAUGAGACACAAUUUUUCGGAUUUUCCUCGAGAGUUUUAUUCGUGCACCUGAAGGACUGCAUAAAUGAUAUUUUUAGUAGCCAUGCAACAAGUUUACAAGAUUCCUUGAUAAAGAAACGGGGAUGUGAUGAAAAUGAAGCUAAAUCUGCAACAGACAUGUUGAUCCGUAAGUGUGAAUGUGCUCUUCAAGCACAUAGUGAUGAUUUGCAGAUAGCCUGUGAUUCGAAUUUUGGAAUUCCAAAUGGUGUUUUGCUACCUGAAGAUAAUGCACAGAAAGUUCAAUAUUCAAGUGAAGAAGCUGAAAAUCUCGAGAGAGAGUUAGAUUGUCUGAUGACUAGGUUAACCAGGGCAAAGGCCAUGAAAUGUCAUUUGGCCAGUGAAUUAGAGGAAUUUGAAAAAUUGAAAGCCGUAAUAGAAAAGAUGCAGAAUCUAAGACUGGAGGUAUUAAAGAAUUUGGUUAAACAAGUGACGCAACAUGAACAGCAAUUGAAGAGACUAUCGAAAGUGUCAAAAUCAAUCUGUUCAGUUACCAGCAAAACAACAAUGGAUAAAACAGACUUUCCUCAUAAAUUAGUGAAAGACAAAUUCCGUUGUUCCCCUCCUGAAUAGUCAUGUACUAGUGUCUGAAAUUUGUUUCUAUACUAUGCUAAAUUUUUUAUCAGUGGACUCUUUAAUUUGUUUUAUAUCCAUAUUUACUUUGCUCAGCUGUUCAUUUACCUCAUUCCUCACUAAAUCACGCUUCUUGAUAAUCUCAGACUGUGAGCCGCCUUUUAACUUUUGUGUAGUGGAUUUUAAUUUUAGUAUUUUUUGAUUUAUCUGAGCCUUAUCCUGAGUCUGAGUCUCAGAAAUAUGUUCUUCCGACUUAUUGGCUUAUUGGUCUGUAUUCUUAUUAGUUGUAUUCAAUUUGAAAUUCAGGUCUGUAAUUAUGGAAUACAUUAGCAUUAGUUAUAUCCAGCUUGACAUUUACGUCAGUAAGAACAUUUUCGAACUCUAGCAUUUAAGUUACUGUUUAGUUCAGGAGGAGCAGAUAUUUUCUCUCACAAAGUUGCUGCAAUUGCCAUCUCGUGUUGAAGAUGUGUGUCGUCCCUCGGCAUGGCUCACCACGUGAAAAUAAAAGUAAAAACCCCACACAACACCUGUACCUUUACACUUGACACCGAAUUUUGUAGCUCUUCAGUUGCAAUUAUCAUUUGUCGAUAAGGAGGUGUAGGGAUACUCAUCACUCCUUUGGAGUGGUAUACAGGGUGUCCUAAAAAAAACACUGACAAGGUUUAGGGACAGGUUCCUUAUACAUAAAUAAGUAAAGAAGUCUAAUAAACAUGGGCUGUAAAAUGCAUACCUUAAGAGGUAUUAGCACUUGUUCAUCUUCGAUACUAUGAAAUAAAUCUCUUGUAUUGCAAGGUCUUUGCUUUCUAUAUUUUGGGAGGAGCUACUGACCAAAACAAGAAAAAAAAAAGUAUAAUAAACAUGGAGUCCAAAAUGCAUACUGUAAUUGCUAGGAGCACUUGUUCAUCUUCACUAGUAUGAAACACAUUUCUUGUACUGAACAAGUGCUCAUAGCUGGUAAAGAAUGCAUUUUAGAGCCUAUGUUUACUAGCUAUUUUUCUUGUUUUGAUCAAUACUACCUCCUCGCAAAAUAAGAAAAGCAAAGAGCGUGCAGCAGAAGAGAUGCAUUUCAUAGCAUCGAAGAUGAAUAAGGGCUCACAUCUCUUAUAGUUCGUGCUUUAGAGCCUGCAUUUACUAGACUUUUUUUCUUGUUUUGGCAUACUGAGCCUGUCCCUAAAGCUUGUCAGGAUGUUUUUUUAAGGGGUGGGGGGGUUGCUGGGACCCUGUAUAUCACCACAAGGGCCAAGAAUCUUUCAUUGUCUCAUAUCAGUGUGUGACAAAGGUGGUAGAAUUUAUCUAUCUUUAUACUACAGAAACAGAUUUUAAUAUAAUAGUGAUUUAUAAAAUGUACAAAUCAAUCAUAUAAUAUAUAAUUUCAUUUUUAUUUGACAGUUGAAAUAUAUAUAUAUAUAUACAUGUAUAUAUAGGCAUAAUAAUGA